AUGCUGACAAUGGUUUGUUCUUCACGAAAGGAUAACGUCACAAUGCCAGACCUGUUUAUACCUCCUCCAAAAUUUUACUUUUCAAUCUGUAGCUCGUUUUUACUGCCAAACCCAGUCUACUCUAACGACAGCAAAGAUCCUAAAGUAGGGCUAACCAUGGGGUCUACGGAACCGGAACGUGACUGUAAUUUCGAACUUAUCCAUGGUACUGGCGAUCGUGCUGGCCAAUACGCUAUAAGAGGCACAUACUCUGGAAAAGUACUGUUAUCGAAGAAGGGCACACAUGCUCUUGUCGAACAUACCGCUGGAGACGGCGUCCAUGACGAGAACUGGUUCACAUUUGAAGUCGGAACAGAGCAUCUCUCGUCUGGCUUUCGCGUAGUUUGCCCUUCCAUCUCCGCUGUCUGGUCCUCGGCCGUUUCCUUAUUAACAAGUGUCCCUGAAGGAAACCCCAAGGACGUAACUCAAUACUUCAGUUUUACCUUUGAGCACACGGAAAUUGACCGUGUUGUAUAUCACGUCGAUCAAGGCAAAAUCGUGCAGUCCACCCCGGUGGUGCUCGCCACACAGGAGCUCAAAAACGACACCAGCAUCGUCCAAAAACUGGAAGCCUCCGUCGACACGAGCACCGAAGAGACAUCAUCAUUCCAAUUUUCGCAGGGGUUCAGUCUCACGGUGGGGUUGGAGAUAAAAACGGGAGUCCCUUUGGUUUCAGAAGGGUCGAUUAAAGUGGACGCAACCAGCACGUCCAAUUUUACCUGGGGUUCAACGACGAAGAAGUCCAAAGCUUACAAGGCCACAUUCCCUGUCACAGCUCCUCCCCAUUCCACUGUUGUUGCUACCUCCAGUGUUACCCAAUCUACCCUGGAUAUCCCUUUCACCAUUUACAGCAAAUCAAAGAGCGGAGUUGUGGUGGAGACAGAAGGAAUGUACUAUGGCGUAACGACUUGGAAUCUCCGCCAUAUUAUCACCCAGAAGUAA